CCCAGGAGCCGGCACCGGUCACCGCAGCCACAACUAACUAACUCUCUGUUCCCUGUGCAGGGCCAGUAAAGUGAAAGUUGACCGAGUUUCUGCUCCCUCUGCGCGGGUGGUCGACCUUGUCCGGGGCUGAUUGCUACAUCCACCUGGGACAGUGGAGGUGGAGGUGGAGGCAGCGGCUGGGCAGAGGCAGGAGGCAGAGGCAGCAGGGCGGGCGUGGCCGGCCGGCAGGCAGGCGGUGCGGCAAAGUUUCCGGGCAAAAGCCUCCCCUGCAGAUGGAAGAGGGAGCCGGCAAACGCUGACCGCUGACCGCAGCCCGGCCAUGGCUCUGACCAAAGGCUUUCGCGUGUUGGCGAAGCGGGAGGCGGGUUUGUGCAGCGUCUUGCUGGGAUCCAGGAGCCGCCAGGACUGCCUGCUGCUGAGGGCUGGCGCCGUGGCCGUGCUGUCAUCUGAAGAGGACAUUGCAAAAGAGCGUUAUGAAAAAAUAAUGGAUGCGUAUGGCUGUUUGGGUGUCCUUCGAAUUAAAAAUGGCAACUCAAGACUCUGCUUUCUGGUCAUGGUAACGGCAUGUACAUCAGUUGGGAGAAUCCGUGACACGGACAUUUGUAAGAUUACCGCCACAGAUUUUGUUCCUCUUCAAGACGAGACGGCGGAGGAAGAGCAAAUAGCUUCUUUGAGGAAAUUGCUAAACUCUGGCAUGUUUUAUUUUUCAUCCACUACUGGUUCGACCUUUGAUCUGGAUCUGUGUGCACAGAAGCAAUUUGAAAAAGAUCAAGAAGCAGGAAAUCGCUUUUUCUGGAAUCGAAGCUUACACCUACAUCUCAAGCAGUACCAUGUGAACUGCUCCGACUGGCUGCUCAAGGUGAUCUGUGGUGUGGUGGAGAUCCGCACGGCCUAUGCUACGGAAAAGAAGGCCAAGGCUUGCCUGAUAUCACGGCUCAGCUGUGAGCGAACUGGGACCAGGUUUUGCGUUCAAGGAACCGACGACGAUGGGCAUGUGUCUAACUUCGUAGAGACAGAACAGGUAAUAUACUUGGACGAUGCAGUGUCUUCCUUUGUUCAGAUACGAGGGUCAGUACCGUUAUUUUGGGAGCAAACUGGAGGACAGGUCGGGUCUCACCACAUGCGUUUAACUCGAGGUCUUGAAGCAAAUGCUCCUGCUUUUGACAGGCAUUUGAUGCUGCUUCGAGAACACUAUGGAAAUCAAGUCAUCGUCAACUUGUUAAGAAUUAAAGGAGGAGAGGAAGUCCUUAGCAGGGCUUAUAAGAAGCUGAUGUGGGCCUCUCUUCAUGGGUCCGGCACACCGAUGAUAAACUUUGACUACUAUCACUGUGCAAAGAGUGGCAAGGUCGAGAAACUGCAUUCUCUUCUAAAACCUCAGCUACAGGAGCACAUGGAGCAGUUUGGCUUCUUCACCAGUGGAGAGCGGGUCCAUUUACGUUUACAGACUGGAGUCUUCAGAACAAAUUGCCUUAACUGCCUGGAUCGAACAAACAGCGUCCAGUCCUAUGUGGCUUUGGAGGUUUUGUACCACCAACUGGAGAGUUUGGGAAUGGCCGGCAAGAAGUCGGUGGUGGAACGCUUUGUGGAAUUCUACAGGACAAUGUGGUCAGUGACUGGCCACAAUUUCAGUAAGAUGUUCACUGGCAGUCGAUCACGAGAAGGAAAAACAAAGGUAAAGGAUGGGGCACGUUCUGUGUCCAGGACAAUCCAGGCUAAUUUAUUUGAUGCAGCUAAGCAGGAAGCGAUCGAUUUGCUUCUCAUGGGGGACUUCAACAGUGAGGAUUAUGCAGACAAGGCCCGGAUUUUGAUGGAGAGCAGUGCGCUUGUCACACCUCCUGCCAUUUUGCAAGCGAUGUGUGAACGCCACAUGGAAUACACCAACUUACAACGAGCGCGCAUCAGCGUGGGGUCCUGGAACGUAAAUGGUGGCAAGCAGUUCAGGAGCAACAUGCUCAGCAUCGCGGAUCUCAGUAGCUGGUUACUCGAUGGCAUCCAAGAAACAAAGUUCCAAGACAAAGUGAACUACCCACCAGAUAUCUUUGCCGUUGGCUUUCAGGAAAUGGUGGAGCUCAAUGCUGGAAACAUUGUGAGUGCUAGCACAACGAACAAGAAAAUGUGGUCAGAACAGCUUCAGAAAGCAAUCUCCAGAACACACAAGUACAUCAUGCUGUCUUCGGGACAACUUGUGGGUGUCUGUCUAUUUAUUUUUGUACGACUCCAUCAUGUGCCCUAUAUUAGAGAAAUUGCUGUGGAUAGGGUGAAGACUGGGAUGGGAGGAAAAACUGGAAAUAAAGGAGCAGUAGCUAUCCGUCUACAGUUCCACAGCACCAGACUCUGCUUUGUAUGUGCUCAUCUGACGGCAGGACAGUCACAAGUAAAAGAAAGGAAUGAAGAUUAUCGAGAAAUCACGCAGAAACUCAGCUUCCCAAUGGGGAGGAAUGUUUUUUCGCAUGAUUACGUAUUCUGGUGUGGGGAUUCCAACUUCCGCAUUGAUCUUCCAUACGAUGAAGUCAUGCAGCAUGUUAAGAGAAGGGAUUGGAAACUUCUUCAGGCUCAUGACCAGUUGCAACAACAGAUGGUGGACAGCAAGGUUUUUAAAGACUUUUUUGAAGGCCCCAUCAACUUUGCCCCGACGUACAAAUAUGACGUGGGAACGGACGUUUAUGACACCAGUGACAAAGGACGAACCCCUGCCUGGACUGAUAGGGUGCUGUGGUGGAGGAAACAUAAAACACCCUUUGAUGUGCCAGAUAUAAAUUUAAGAGGAUUGGGUAGUGAAUCAGAAAGAAUGUUCAGGAGCGUGGGGACUGGAGGUGACCUGCUGCAUUAUGGGAGGGCCGAACUGACUGCAUCCGAUCACAGGCCUGUGUUAGGUGUCUUUGAGGUGAAAAUUCAGGAGGUGGAUAUUCUUGCACGUGAUCAAAUAUUCCAAGAAAUUACAUCUUCACAGGGUCCAUCAGACGCAACCGUAGUGGUGUCUGUAAAGGCACCAACCAGUGACUCAAGGGAUGAAUUUCCAGAUGACCUAAGCAGUGAAAUCAUUUAUUGCUUUCAGAAUUACGGCAUUAUUUUAUUGGUCAGGUUUGAUCGUGGACAGAUGCUGGUGACUUUUCAGGACAGUCGCACGGCUUUGAAAGUGUUGGAGCUGGAUGGAAAACAGGUUAAUGGCAGAGUGGUGAGUGUAAGACCUUGGACCAGGAACUGGCUGAACGAACUUCAUGAAGAAAUUAACAUAAACAGGAACAGUAUUGCCCCAAUGUCUCCAACAGCAAAUUCUUGCCUGCUUGAAGAAAGUUUUGAUUUCAGCAGCCUGGAUUAUGACACUGAAGGAGAUAUAGAUGAAGAUUUGGAUGAAACUGUUCCUCAACACUUGGUGACAGGACACCCUAAAACUGCACCAGAAGUGGUUCCAGAACCUGUUGAUGUUUUGUCCAACAGACCUCCUCACCCAACAAUGGCUGAUGACGUGGAAAGCAUCAGAAAGCACCAGGAGUCGGUCCCAGGUGAAUUCCGUCCACGAACAGCCAGCAGAUCGAUGUCCGUGCCUGACCGACCUCAGCCUCCUCAGCGGCCACCUCCUCCAACAAUGCAAAAAAUGAAGAAAUCUGCGUCUGAUAUUUUGCUCCAUCCUGAGGACGGUGGUUUUCAGGCCUGUACCUUCAGUGCAGCGCUGAAUCUCCCAACGGCAGUGCAGCUGUCUACAUCUCCAAGAACGGGUAUAAGCAAACCUUAUAACGUGAAGCAAAUCAAAACAACAAGUGCAGAAGAAGCAGAACAGGCAAUAAAACAUUUAAUGGAGAAUAAAUCAGGGGCUGAAUCUCAGGAAGGCACAUCAAUCCCUUUCCCACCACGUCAAGUUCCAGCGCACCUUACAACCUCUUCGCUUCCUCGAACCCUGCAGGAUCACUCGUCCAUUUCUUCAAAACCACCCAUUCUUUUGCCUGAACUAGUAAUACAACUGAAAGAUCAUAUGCACUGUACUUCAGAAGCUGCAAGCAAUAAUGCAUCAGACUUGUGUACAAUGGCCACAUCACAUUCUGACCAUCUUGAAAAACCACCUUGCUUGAGUAUUUCAGAAAGGAUCAAACAGUUAUCCCCUCUGAUGAAACGCAAGACCAGACACGACAAACUGUGUACCAGCACCAGAGCUUCACAUGAACUUGGUAAUAAUCAAGGCACAAAUGCAGAGGACACACCCGGUGGACCAAUUGCACCUCCACGAAGAAGAAAGACCACACCAACCUAUCCUCAGGACAACCACGGUACUCUCAUAAAAUCAAUGAACAAUAAUACGACAUCCAACCUUACAGAUGGGUCUGACUGUACUAAAGAGCAUUCUAAACCGAGGAAUGUCCAUGUUUCAUUGAGCAAUCGCUGUAAGCUUCUGCAAGAUACUGACCCUUCCGAUUCCAGCUGCUUCCCACAAGACUCUCAUCUUCCAACCAAAGCUAGGAAUAAAAGCGAUCCUUACGUAGACCAAACCUACUUCAACCAAUUUAGAAGUGAUCGAAAAUAGAUAGCAUCACACCUGGCGACAGCGUUGCGAUUAAGACAAGAUCAAGUAGACUCUAAUGUUAGCUCAGACACGCGUUACUUCAAAGGAUUUGUAGCGAACCAUGGCACAAGCGCCUCCAAAUUAACCACAGUUCACUCACUUACCUUACCAUAGUUUUGUUUAGUUUAGUUUAAAGAUACAGCACGGAAACAGGCCCUUCGGCCCACCGAGUCCGCACCUCCCUGCGAUCCCCGCACACUAACAAUAUCGUACACACACUGGGGACAAUUUUACAUUUAUACCAAGCCAAUUAACCUACAAACCUGUACGUCUUUGGAGUGUGGGAGGAGACCAGAGAUCUCAGAGAAAACCCACGCAGGUCACGGGGAGAAUGUGCAAACUCCGUACAGUCAGCACCUUUGGUCAGGAUCGAACCUGGGUCUCUGGCGCUGCAUGGCAGUAGCUCUACCACUGCCACACCGUGCCACCCUGACACAGAAUAUUUACUGUAGAUAAUCAUUUUCUGAUUAGCUGUAAGCAACCAGAAAACAUAUUCAGAAGAUCCAAAGAUUUACAGAACCAACUAAAAGAACAGUUCUCCACAAUUCUCAACACAUUUUCAGUUACAUUCUAACUCAACCUUAUAUCAAAGUACAGGGCACUAUUGCACUCACCAACAAGCACCUUUAAGGCACCACUGCACACUAACAAACUUGAAAUAUUGUAACGUAAACAUAACAAGAGUUUUUUUUAAAUUGCAAGAUAUUUUCAUGAAUUUGAUAUUGCACUAACCUAAAUAUAUUAGCGGAAAAAAAGCUGAGAGAGACUCAGCAGAUCGGGGAAAUGGACAGACAAGGUGUUAGGUUACAACCAGAGAGGAGAGGAGAGGUGACGUAGCUGGAGAAAGGGGGAAGGGGAACAUGCAGAGCAAGAACUGUAACUGUUGGGUGGACCUACACCACUGGGCCGUCCUCAAUGAAAACAUUGCAAUGUGAAGGGGGAUUGCAGUGACUUGCAAACAGGAGUUCCGGCAGGCCCUGGUGGAUAGAGUGCUAGCUGAUGGCAAAGCAGUUGCCCAGUUUAUACGGCCUCCUCUAGGUUGCUGAGACCAUAUCAAGAGCCAUAGACUCACACAGCCUACACUGUUGUACAAAUUACUCUUUUCCUAAGUCUGAUAUAAUUUAAUGAUCAAUCCUCCACAAACCUUCUAUUGAUUCAUAAUCUUUUCACAUGGGAACAUUGCAUGACCUCUCCAUCUACAAUGUCACAUAUCUUCAGAAACUAGUAUUCCACAACAUUCUUCACAACUCACUUCUUUAAUCCCUUCUUAAUCUUGAGGAGACUUCCCAACCUUCCAAUCAGGAAUGAUUAUCAAGCCAGCCUGCUUUUUCCCCUCGUAACAACCUCAGUGUGAAGAAGGGUCUCAACCCGAAACAUCAACCAUUCCUUCUAUCUGUUCUCUGCCACAGAAGGCGGUGGAGGCCAAUUCACUGGAUAUUUUCAAGGGAGAGUUAGAUUCAGCUCUCUGGGCUAACAGAAUCAAGGGAUAUGGGGUAAAAGCAGGAACGGCAUACUGAUUUUGGAUGAUCAGCCGUGCUCAUAUUGAAUGGAUGCCAGCUCGAAGGGUCGAAUGGCCUACUCCUGCACCUAUUUUCUAUGUUUAUCUAGAGAUGCUGCCUGUAGCAUAUUUUGUGUCUAACAUCUUUAUCAAAUGACUCAGCCACCUAAACAUUGCCUGAACUCAUUUCAAAGGCUGCUUACCUUAAAGACGACAAGAGCUGAAAACAAUACAUCAAGUGCAUUCCCACCACUUUCCCAUGCUAUUAAAUAAUAUUUUACCUUCUUUUAAACUCCGUCCUCUAAACAAUACACUCCUACAAUUGCUCCUUUUUGUUUCAAUUGCACACUCAUUUUUUUUUUCCCCAUUACCUGCAAAUUUAAACAGCAGUACAAUUAUUCACAAAGCAUUCGAUUUUGUUCUCUGCCAAAUUCAAAAAUCUCACUUUUUCCCAUAUUCUUCUGCACUUUCACUAUUCAACUUAUCGGCGCCUUCACGCACCCAUUUUAUUCGAUACGAUAGAACUUUAUUUAUCCCAGGAGGGAAAUUGGUCUGCCAACAGUCAUAAAAAACACAACAAGAUGCAUGAAACGUGAAAUUCAGAUUCAGAAAACUUUAUUGUCUGUCGUAACAGAAAAUCUUCUUUGACGUGGCUCAACAUACAGACAGGACAAUGUACUGAUAAGCAGUCAUACAACACAGAUUUUUGCGAGCACACACAGUGUGUAUCGAUCUUAAAAGCAAAUAUAAAGAUUAAAAACUGUAAAAAAUAGACAAGAUAAAAGUUGUGGAUACGUGUAAAGUGACAAUGCGUCAGGGUUAAUUUGUUCAUUGUUCAUUUUUUAUUUAAGCUGUUUAUGGCAAUGGGUAUGAAUGAGUUUUUGUGGAUGUUUUUCUUGGAUAGGGGGACUUUGUAUCGGCGGCCUGAUGGCAGAAGUUGGAAAGACUUGUGCAGGGGGUGGGUGGGAUCCUGUGUAAUGAGAUUGGCUUUCCUUUUGACUGCCUGGGUGUGGAGUACUGAUAAUUGAUUUUGAGUUUUGCCAGUUAUUUUGCUUGCCUGAUUGAUGAUCCGGGAAAGCUUUGAUUUGUCUUUGACAGAGGUGAGGGUGAACCAGGAUGUGAUGUUAAAGGUGAGUACAGAUUCUAUAAGUGAUUUAUAGACAGCUGUUUAAAAUGUCCUGUCUGACAUCAAAGCUCCUGAGUUUCCUCAGCAGGAACAGGCGUUGCUGUGCCUUCUUGUACACAGAGUCUGUGUGCUGGGAGAAGGACAGGCGGGUGUCAAUCUCUGUGCCCAGGUAUCUAAAGGCCUCUACCUGCUCAACUGUCUGCCCAUUCAGCCUCAGAGGUUCAAAGAGAGGUUGGGGGGAAGAUGUUUGCCUCCCCCCACAACACAGCUCCUUGGUCUUGGAGAUGUUAAGCUCCAGAGAGCUCUCUUUGAUCCACAGCAUCAGGGUGUUGACCUGCUGAUAGUAGGCAGCCAGAGAAGUGUGAUCCUUGAUGUGGGCCACCAGGGCCAUAUCGUCUGCAUACUUAAAAAGGGAAAUGUCACUGUUAUUGUUUGUUAUGUUGUUUGUGUAGAUGGAAAAUAAAAUUGGUGAUAAGACACAACCCUGGGGGACACCAGUGUUUAAAAUCAUGUUCUUGGAUUUAAAACCAUUUACCACCACAUGCUGAGGCCGGUCCUGCAGAAAGUCUUUUAUCCACGGGAUAAGUGAUGGGUUGACUUGUAGAUCCAGAAGGCGGUUGCAGAGGGUGACCGUGUUAACUGUGUUAAAAGCUGAAGAAAAGUCCAUAAAUAAAAUCCGUGUGUGGGGGUGUGGGGAGUCCAGCUGUCUGCUAACUGUGUCCAGGAGAGUCAAACAGGCAUCCUCCACCCCGCGCCUUGCCUUUAUAGUAAUUAACAUGGAUAUUCAAACCUCGUACGACAAAUGCAAACAGCAGCAGCCCAAUUAACCCUGUCUGUCUCUUCUACCCUUCAAUAAGAUCAUUUCUACCCCCUGACCUCAACACUAGUUUCAUAGAAACAUAGACAAUAGGCGCAGGAGUAGGCCAUCAGGCCCUUCAAGCCAGCACCGCCAUUCAAUGUGAUCAUGGCUGAUCAUCCACAAUCAAUACCCCGUUCCUGCUUUCUCCCCAUUAAUAUCUAUCAAUCUCAGCCUUCAACGUACAUAGCAACCAGGUGUUCACAUCUUGUGUGCACUGAUUUCCAAUGAUUCACCACCUUUCAGCUUGAGCAUAUUUUAUUCAUUGCUUGCCUUGUUCCUUUUAUUGAGACCCUUACACCUGAUGUCCCAGGAAUAGUCGAUCUCAUCGUUCCAUCUACCAUGCCAGCCACUUACCAAUUUUCAACAUUACAAGUACAGCACUUGACAUUUUGCAAAAUCUUGUAAUUUUGAAAUCUCUAAACUAUGGGCAAUAGAUGCAGAAAUAGGCCAUUCGGCCCUUUCACGCCAGCACCGCCAUUGACUGUGAUCAUUGCAGAUCAUCCACAAUCAGUAUCCUGUUCCUGCCUUCUUCCCAUAUCCCUUGACUCCGCUCUCUUUAAGAGCUCUAUCUUAAGUAUAUUUAAAUAUCUUUAGUAUCUCUAAACUAAUCUAAAAACUCCAGGCAAUAUCAACCAUCUCUGAUUUCAUCUCUCUUCACGUACCAAAUGUACCUGUCACCAAUAAAUAAGAUCAAUUUUCAUUGCAAGCCAUCAAUCUCGUGUACUGAAGAUAGACACAAAAUACUGGAGUAACUCAACGGGACAGGCAGACUGAAGAAGGGUCUCAACCUGAAACGUCACCCAUUCCUUCUCUCCAGAGGUACUGCCUGUCCCGCUGAGUUACUCCAGCAAUGUGUGUCAAUCCAAAUGAGAUAGUGCUAUUUGGGAGUUGGGAUGCUUCUAGUGUGAACGUUAUUGCUGAAUUGAGUUGGUGAAUUGGUGGCCAGAGAUGCUGCCUGCCCUGCUGAGUUGCUCCAGCUUUUUGUGUCUAUCUUCGGUGUAAACCAGCAUCUGCAGUUCCUUCCUACAAAUAACAAUGUCGUCAUCGUUGUUAUGGUGACCAUCAUCUUCGGGCUUCCCAUCGUUCCCAUCGUUCUCGGGCUUAAUGACUUCCUCCAGUGUCAUCUGUUUCAUUAACAGAGGUUUCUGUCUAAGCAGUAUCUCUUUGAUUGAAUAAACUGCCAUAAUCUCAUGGGCACUGAUAAAUGUACGUUGUUCCAUGUCACCAAUUAACUGAUCAGAUAGAUAGAUAUAGAUAUGCCAUUUAUUGUCACUAUACAUGUACAAUGAGAUUAAAAGCAGCUCGUACUCAGUGCAUACAUAUAAUUUAGUACAAAAAACAAGAAACAGAAAACAAAAACAAAAGGGAGGGG